CGUUAAUCUGUACCAAAAAAAUACAGAUCUUAUAAACUCAAGUGUUAAUGGUUCGAGUGUCCUUACUGUAAGAAACGUCAUCUUCGUUUUGAGUGAGUGAUCAGAUUUUGGAAUAUUUAUAUCUCAUAAACAAAAUAAAAAAAGUUUGUAUUUGUAAUAUCUAGAGCAAGAAGGAAGGGCCCACCCAGCAGUUUAAAUGGAUACCGGUGAAGUAAAUGUCGGGGGUAACCCUGAGAUGAAUAAGAGUCUCAUUCGAGAGGAAGUAGAUUUCAUGCUACUGAAACUUGAGAUGAGCUCCAUCCUGAUGGGCCAUUUACGUGCGAAUGCCGACUUUAUUUUACUUCAACUAUUUCUAUGUCUUUCGUACAACAGUGGCACCCGAAGUUUUUGACGAACGUAGUGCUGGCGGUAAUGCAGCUGGUAGUGCACAAGAUGCGAUCAACAGUUAUGGCACGUGCUCUAUAUUUGGAAUCGCACAUUACAACACCUUUGACAAUUUGACGUAUAGCUUCAACGGCAAAUGCAAUUACGUCAUGGUAAAAAUCCCAUCAGAACCGGACAAGCUGAAAGUGAUCGUCAACAAUGAUGCUCAAUGCGACCCUCUUACACCCUGCCAAAAGACGCUUACUGUUAUUGCUUACGGGGUUGAGGUUGAACUCGGUAAAAGAGAAAGCAAUGGGCAGUUUCUGGUGAAAGUUGACGGUGCAGAAAUUAAUAAGUUCCCAUAUCUACACCAGCCUGACCGAGCAGUGUAUAUUAGAGUCAUGUUCCCAGCAGAUGGCGCCAAGCAAUACAUCGUAGUGUCGACAAAAGACAAGGCGGAUAUUAUAUGGGAUGGAGAGCGGUCAGCAGAUAUUCAGCUCCCAGAAGAAUUCAAAACCAAAACUGCGGGUCUUUGUGGAACCUUCAAUGAUAAUAUCAAAGACGAGUUCACGGAUACUGACGGACAGGUCCAAGAAAAAGAAUAUGCGUUCGCCAAUUCGUUCAUAGAUAACAAUUGCGUGUCUGGCCCAGUGACUCCAAGACCAUGCUAUGAUUUAAAAGAGGCGGAUCAGAUGUGCUCGAAGCUAGAGGAGAACGUAUUUUCUGCCUGCAGCAGCGUCGUUGAUAGUUCUUAUUUGAAAACACUUUGCAUGAACGAUGUUUGUGCCAGCCCCCUGGACCAGCGUGACGACAUGGUGUGUGCCAUGCUCACCCGAUACAGUAGACAGUGUGCCUUGAAUAAUGUUGUACUAAGCUGGAGAGCACCGAACCUUUGCCCAAUAACGUGUCCAGCAACUAUGGUAUACAGUGAAUGUGCACCAGGCUGCCCAAAAAUCUGCAAAAAUCUCGACAUGAAAUGCUCCACGAAAUGUAUCCCUGGUUGCACCUGCCCAAAUGGGCAAUAUCAUGAUGGUAAAAAAUGCGUCGACAGGGAUCAAUGUUCCUGCUACUACCGUGAGAAGCGCUAUGAUCACGAGGAAUCUCGUUACGAACCUUGCCAAGUGUGUGAAUGCAAAGGGGGAACCUGGUCAUGCCACAAUAUUCCAUGUAAAGGAACCUGUUCUGUUCUUGCGAACACGAAUGUGAAGACAUUCGAUGGCAAAGAAUACGAGGUGUACCCGAAGCCUUGUGCUUAUUCUUUGCUACGCCACUGUCACGCUUCGUCAUUUCAGUUUGACUUGAGAAUCGAAAACAAAGAUUGUACUCUUAACGACUUCACCCGGUAUUGCAAGAGCCAAAACGUCUAUCUCACUUUGCAAGCAGGGAAAACUAUCGACAUCGAAAGAACAAUGAAUGCGAAGCCUGUGUUGACAUACGACGCUGCCAUCUUGGGUGACCAAAUAGUUGUUGAACAUGAUGGAGGCAAUGUUGCGAUGGUGUCUACUCCUCAAUUUCAAUUGAUUGUCUCUGGGCAAAACAUUUACUUGACUGUCAAUCCAGGGAUGAUGAAUAAAACAUGCGGUUUGUGUGGUACGUUCAACAGGAAUAGCAUGGACGAUUACCAUCUGUACAACGGCGGUGUUGCUGCAACAGCCCAGACCUUCCUGAAGAACUGGCUCGAUCCUCAGCUUGACGAUCAACCAACGUGCGAAUUGGGAGAAAGUGGACUUGGAGAAACUGAACCUACACAUUCGAUAGAUUAUUGCUCCAUCUAUUCUCAACCACUGCAGCAGUCUGAAGAACGAGCCAGUGUGUUAAAAGAUCCUCUCGGGCCUUUUGGAAAAUGUCUUCAAUCAAUCUCACCAAGCUCUUUCUUCGACAAAGCUAAAAAGACUGGGUGCAGACAUCCUGAAAGCUUGUGUGACGUAAUAGCGGGAUACGCAAAGGUUUGUGGAGAUAAUGGAUUCACGGUCAGCAACUGGAGAGGACGAAUAGAGGGGUGCCCAGAACCCGUAUGCCCAAGCGACCAAAAAUACAGUUAUUGUGGUAAUGCAAGUUUGACUUGCCCUCAAACAUGCGGAGAUGUGCAAAACCCACAAUCAUGCCUAAGUCGAGGAUGCAUAGAAGGUUGCUUCUGCAAAGAUGACAAUAUGGUGUUGAAGAACGGCCAAUGCGUACCCCAGUCCCAGUGCUCGGACCAAGUUGGGCAAGCCGUCCAAUUAUGUCCAGAUGAAGACCAGGAAUACCUUCCAUCGGGGAAAACCUGUGCCGCUCUGGAGGUUGGUGACCAACCAAGCGUGCCUGGUUGCUACUGCAAAGAUGGUCUCUAUUGGAACGAAUUUACCAAGAAGUGCGUGGUGAAAAAUGAGUGUGGAUGUGUCCACGAAGGAGAGUACUUCGAACAAAACGCUACCUCUCCAAUAGACUGUUCAUCGUGAGUAUUUACCAUUUACCUCAUGUGGUCAGCAAACCAGUUGGAUGGAAUAGUAGGAGACUGACCUAAUGUACCGAAUUCUUCACCAUCGUGAAUUAUAAUCCAUCAAAUAUUUUCGCUCGGGCGCGAUUGGUCUAAACGCGUCACGUGACCGAAUAUUCCCCCGC